GCGAGCCGCCCUGCGAGACGCGCUCACGCUGUCGACCCGAGAGUGGCGUUCCGCGACAGAGCUGACAGUGCCGGGCUUUUGGAGGCGGACAGCGCGCUCCCCGGCCCCGCGCGGGACAGAGAGCAGCAGCGGCGGUGCGGGAGGAUGCGCGGCCAGCGCCAGGGCCGCCGGUGCUGACGGGCUGCAGACGGCCGGCAAGCUGGUGCUCCACUACCUGCGGCAGGUGGUGUGGGGCUACGCGGAGGGGCAGCGCCUCAGCAGCAGCGGCGGCGACGCGCUCAUGGGCACCGUGCUCAGCUUCAGCCCGCGAGAGCGCCGCCCAGUCUACUCGAGCACCGGUUCGAUAGGCGGGGGCGGCGGCGGCAGCAUGGGCGGCAGCAUGGGCGGCGGCGGCGGCGGCGGCGGUGGAGGCGGCUGUGCGGUCAACAACGCCGGCUCCGUCACCGACUUCACGCUCAACAACUACAGCUACGAGCAGCUCAACAACGCCAAGAACCGCGAGAACAAGACCGGCGGCGGCAACAACAACGGCGACAACCCGACGCCCAUCGUCGGCUCGCUGCCCAACGGCAACGCCAACGCCACCACCAACCACAACCACAUCAACAACAAUGAGAACGCGCGCAUCAUCUCCGAGAAGAACGCCCUCGAAAAGAACUUCAAAAAGCACUCGCUCUUCAUCAAUGCGCUCAGCUGGAAGCGGUUCUCCACCACCAACAAUAACAAGAAAAAGCUGGACAAUAAGAACAAGAACCUGACGGCUUUCCGGCAACCGCUGGUGGACAAUAUCCACCCGCUGGUGGUGGACAAGAAUAAGAACCUCCAGAAGGCGGCGGGCAUCACCUGCUACUACAACCCUCCGGUGAAGACCCUGAGCGAAGGCAGCAGCUUGCAGCCGCGGCCGUCGCUCACCACCACGACCAGCACGGGCACGAGCACCGCGGCGGACGCCGUGCGCGCCAACAACGUCAACAACAACAGCCAGCAGGUGUGCGAGAAGCUGGGCCCCAAGGCGGCGCUGCUGGGCGGGUCGGCGGCGCCCGCGCCGCAGCCUCCAGGGCCGCCGCACCACCACCACCACAGCCACCACCAACACCACCACCACCAGCACCAGCCCGUCCCAAAGAAGACGGUCAUCCAGGCCUCCACGUCGGAGCUGCUCAAGUGCUUGGGCAUCUACCUGCACAACAAGUGCUACCGGCUCAAGGACUUCCAGGCUGGCGACGCCGUCAUGUGGCUGCGAACCGUGGACCGCAGCCUCCUGCUGCAGGGAUGGCAGGACGUGGCGUUCAUCAACCCGGCCAACGUGGUGUUCGUGUACAUGCUGGUGCGUGACCUGGUGACGGAGGAGAACCUGUCGUGCGAGCACGAACUGCAGGCGGUCGUGCUCACGUGCCUCUACCUCUCCUACUCGUACAUGGGCAACGAGAUCAGCUACCCACUCAAGCCGUUCCUCGUCGAGGACGACAAAGAGCGCUUCUGGGACCGCUGUCUGCUCAUCGUCAACCGGCUCAGCCGCAACAUGCUGCGCAUCAACGCCGAGCCCGGCUUCUUCACCGAGAUCUUCACCGAGCUCAAGGCGUGUGGCGCACAGUUAUUUGUGGUGUUGUAUGUGCAGGUCCAACAACAGCAACAACAGCAGCAACAAUUGCAAGAACCUACACCACCACCACCACCCCCUCCACCACCUCCACCACCCCCUGCCCUCAGUGCAUCGGUAGUGCAACUGCAAAAGCAGCAGCAGCAGCAACAGCAACAACAGCAGCAGCAGCAGCAACAACAACAACAACAACAACAAAAGCAGCACCAUCACCACCAGCAGCAGCAGCAGUCAAAGCAAUGCCAACAACAGCAGCAUCCAGAGGGUGGGGGCCCAGUAGCACUGCCUGCGACUGCUUGACCUCCCACUGGUGGCCAGGGUCCCCAGCAGAGUGUCGUGUUGGUACGCCUGGCGCGCAGCCACUACGUCACUACACUGUGACCUGCGGCAGCCCCCGCUCUCCUCCCGCGCGGGGGCACAGCCCUCUAGCGGCACACGGAGGAGCUCCCUCCAAAACAGCCAACCAGCGGAAAACAGGCCUUUUGUCAACAACUGCCGCUGAUCCGUCGAUAUACUGAAAUUUAUCUCAAGUAUACAAAUGCGUGUGCCACUCUUUAACAUCAGAAACUGGGGAAAGUUGCUUUCUUUGCAGGUCAUAACUUUUGAAGUUGGACAUUCUCGUACACUGAACAGAAUAGUUCACCUCUGUCACUUACGCAUCUCAAUCUGUGUAUUGCAUCAUAACAGCUCUCUUCAGUGCAUACACACUGUGCUUGUGAUGGCCUUAAAUUUUCAUUUUUCAGAAACGUUUCUGAUAAUAUGUGUGAAGUUAAUAGCCAAACUUCCAAGUUUCCUUUCAGUCCAACAUUAUUUGCUAUCUAAUGUUUUGAACAAAUUGUGCCUGUCUUCAUUAGGCUUUUUCCUCUGUAAAAGUCAGAUUACAAUUGUGUAAUUGUUCCCUCAAAGUGGUAGUAAUACCAGUCUUGUUUCAGUGGAUUUUCUGACCAGAUAUUCAUACAGUGUGUAAACUUAUUGUUUUCUAAAUAUUCUUCCACAAAACAAUUAUCUGCAGAGAUUACAACUUUCCUCACCUGUGGAGAUUGUGGUUUUAAGUUCAUUGAUCUGUGAUGUUCCUGAUAGGUUUGGAAGGAAAUUAACAAAAACAUUCAGUGUUUAUAAGGCACAGAAGACGCUGGUCUUUCUAAUUUAUUCUGUCCCUGCCAAGUGUUAUUAAAAAUCUGACAUAGUAUUCAGUUGGUAUUUCCUUUUUGAGAAGCUUUUGCUGGAUCUGAGGUGAUUGUAUUAUGUGGGGGAUUAAUACGUAAAAAAGUUUGAAAAGAUAUGGGGAUAAAUAAAACUUUAUUUUGAACCACCUGUAAGUGAGCAACAUUUCCAUUCACAGUACAAAAGUCCCUCAUGUGAUUCAGCAUAAUACUAGACAUUUCUAUACUAGUUAUUGUUUACUGCUUUGUUUUCUAUGGUUCCAGAAUAUUGUUGCCGAAAUACUCAGGUAUAUUCACGUUGAUAUUAUAUGCAUUUCUCAUCUUCUUCAGGUACUUUGUUCUGGAAGUAGUGUCACAGAUGAAUGAGGUCAUUAUGCCUGCCACUGAACAUUGCACCAGCCAGCCAACUUCACCGCUAAAAAAAAGUGAUGUGUUGAUUCCUAUUAUGUCAUGUGUACAGCACUCAAAAUAUUAUAACUGAAGCUGUACAGCUACAUGAAUCAUUCCAUGUGUUCCAUAUGAUGGCAUGAAGGUUGUAAAAUUAUUCAUCCUUUUAAAUGUAAAACAUUGAUAGGACAGCAGUAAAGAUGCAUUGUUUGAAACAUUUAUAUAUAUUGCAUUUCCCAGGGAAAAAAAUGAAAUUUUAUAUGACAAAUAUGUUUCUAGGGAAAUAACAUGGCCAACCAGUAGGAAACACUAAAACUUUUUAAAGGCAUGGAUAUCAUCCAUGUGCCAUGUGUAACAAUUCUGAUCAGGUUAAACAACAUCUACAGACAUUAGAUCACAUUAAUAUCACUGUUAUUUUCUAUAUUUGAUGAGAACUCCUUCCAAUCACAAGAUAUUUCUCUCUACAAAGACUUCAGACUUGUAGCUAAUGAAUAGGAAAUUCAUUGCAAUAGUGCAGGGUGAACUGAGUGAUUGUUGUUUAAAAGAAUUACUACAAACACUCAGUCAUAAAUGUAGGAUAUAACAGGGACUAUGCUAAUUCGAAGUAUUCAAUUUACAUAAUGUAGUGUAACUACAUUGUGCCCACAUAUCCCUUAAGGGUUAAUACAGGAACCCUUUUGGAAUGGACUUAAGUGGGCUUGUUGUUGAAUAUUUAACUAAAGUAAAGUAGAGGUAAAUUAAGUUAGUGGUAUAUAAGUAAUAUAUUAAAAGCCUGUAAAAAUUAUUUGCUUGUUUACCCUUCAAGUUUAAGUGCUUUAGAAUAAUGUAUGUAAAUUAGAUUUUAAGUCUCUUAACAGAAAGAUUAUAUACAAGUAGUUCUUCCAAUACAGUCUACUUCAGUUUUAUGAUUUAGACCUAUGUGUCUCUCACAUCUAAUACUGCUGUGAGGAGCAUUCUAAUGAAAUAGUAAUUCAUUCAUUUGAUCUAUAAUUUUAAUGUUUGCAAAGAAAUUGUGUUUAAUUCUAUUGUUAACCAUUGCUGAGAAAAUAUAAAACAGUUCAGCAGUGCAAUACAAUUUUUCAUCAAAAAUUUUAUGACUGAAUUUUCAGGUAUUACUGUGCAAAAAGUGGUAACAAUAUAAUAGCAAAGGUGUACAUUGUGCUACUCAUUGCUUUUCAGGACUUCACAUUAUUGAGCAUACAAUGUGAAUGUUAAGUAAUAUGCUGUUUCAACAAAAGACAGUGAAAAAUUACACCGUGAGAACUUCCUUUAAUAAUUUCACACAUGAGAGCUGAAUGUAAAAAUUUGUUUGUUGGUGUCGAAGAAGUGAAAGUUAGAGAGGUUGAUGGCUAAUGCUGAAUACCUUACUAUUAAAAAAAAAUCAGGUGUAGAAUUCAGGGUAUCUGAUUAUAAACAGUUAAGUAAAUGUACCAAAAGUGCAUAAAAAGGCAGUGAACCAUGUUUGUGGACAUGCCAUUGUAACAUGUGUCUUCUUUAAACCUACUUGUUCAAGAAAACUUGUAAAUGUAUGCAUGGGCUGUGUGAAUGAACUGAUUAGCAGAAAUCAUUUAUCAAACCCAGGAGUGACAGAUUUUCUCUAUAUGUUGAUUACCUAAGGAUUUUCUCAUAGGUACAUAACAUUUCGUUGACUGAUGAGGCAAAUUCUUUUUAUAUGAUUCAGAUGUUAUAUGCUUGUUUUGUAUUAUCAGCAGUCACAUUUUGCCAGUUCUCUCUUUAUAUGAUAGCUUGAAAGGAAGAAAACCUUUUUAUUUCACCAAGUGUUAUGUAAGCUAUUUUAAUUGCUGUACUUCACCAGUACUAAUGGAAACUUCAUCCUUUCUAGACUGUUUGCAGGUGUAGCAAGUGACAUCCUGAUAUGUUUUUUUGCUAUUUAGUUACUUAUUAGACCACUCUUCCUGGUACUGUUGAUCAUAUUCAUCUGCUUUUGUUUGCUCCUUCUGUACUACCUACACCUUUUAAAACAUUAGUAGCAUUUUCAUCAUUGUCUUUUAGAAUACUUUUUUUCUGCCUGAUUUCCAGUCUGUGUGAAAUAUAUGCAGUGAGUCAGAUGUUUUCAUUUUCCAUCCCUUCAUAAUUUCUUCCAGUAACUUAAGUUCAGUUUUCCACUCAGUUAAUAACACUCCAGUACUCACAUGAAGUGCUCAAGAAACACCAUCCAAAAUUUCUGCCUUAGAGCUUCAUUCCUAUUUACUGCAACAACAUAACUUUACUCAGAUUAAAAUUACUCUGUGACUGAUGUUUCAUUAAGUCGAGUGGUAGAGGCUACCUGCCAAUCAAUUUUAGUUCCCUCUUGAGUGCCACUUGCUUGCUGUGUUGCUUACUUUGUAGGUACAUGUAGCGCCUUCUGAAGUUUGGCAGGCUGCAUGCUGGCAACAUUUCCCCUUGACACUUGAAACUGUCAAUCACAAAGUAAUUUUAAUUGGAGUAUACACAGUUUCUAAUAGUACAAUUCCCUAAGUGACCUUACUCACUGUUAGACUUUAUUUAUUUUAAAAUUCAUACAAUUUAAUCAGUUUAGAUGUAUUUGUAUGUUAUGGCAGUAAAAUGCAAUUCCCACAAAUUUUUUCAGGCUCCUCUGAGAUAAUUUACAACAGAAACUGGAAAACUUAAUAUGAAAACUAUGGGAGCAACUUAUGAAGCAUUCUCACUGAAAAACAAAAUUGUGAUUAAGUUCAAAUUAAUUUCUGCAGUUGGGGAUUAACAAUACUGCAGGGGCAGACACAUGAGUGUAUGUUACAUAUGCAAUUGCAAAAUCUUUUACUCAACUAUUCCCCAUCAGACACAAAUGUCUACAUCACUCCUGUUCCAUUAAUCUUUCUUUUCUGCCUCCAUCCUUCAUUCAUAAUUGUGUCACAGUAUAAUACUUUGUUUGUUUACACAUUUUGAUAUUUAAUUAGUGUUUCUGAGACAUGUUUAUGUGUAAUGCACUUUUCAUUUGUAGCUAUCACUUGUAUGUGUGUAUUUUAUAUAGAAAGUAUCUUUUUUUUCCUUUUGUGAGAAAUUUAUGCCCAGUAGUAUAAAUGUUAUUUAGUUUCAGAAUAUUUUAUAGAAAAAUCAACAUUUUAUGUAUUGUGCUACAGAAAUCCUCAGUUGAUUGGUUCAUUUUAAACACUAACAAACUGGGUAAGGAGAUGAGAAUGUAAUGUCUAAAACAGUAAACGAUUCAGCCAUUCAGCAGCAACAAACCAUGACAUUUGCUUCAAAUAUCUAAGAGUGACAUACAUGCUACUAACUACAUCUAUAUGUAAUGAGAAAUUCAGUGAUGAAUUACUGGUCUAAUUCAGAAAAGCAUGAAUGUUGAUUGUUAUUUAACACAUUUUCAGUCUUUGUUCAUAUAAUGUAACUAAAGGCUUUGAGAACACAUUUUCCUACCCUGUAACAAGAUUAAAAAUUCUAGUAAUAUCUAAUUGAUCACAGAUGUUCUAUUUUCUAAAACUUUCACAGCUUUAUGCGAGAACAAUAGACUAAUAUGUAGCAUUUUAUUUUAAUUGUCACAUUGGUUCUUCUUUUGUAUUUUGUAAUGAUUUUAGGAUAUUCACAGUUUCAUACUUUUAUGUGCAUGAGAAUCUGCAACUAUUUCAUCUCCAUAGAUGUUUUCAGCUAGUACCCAUAGAAAUGUGGCUUAGCAGUUUUUUUGUUUUUUUUUUCUAUUUCUACUAUUUUUCUUAUCCUUUUGUGUGUAGAUCAUCUUCACAUCAUUAAUUGUGUUCUCCUUAAUUUGGUCUAAUAGUUUAAUUUUCUUAUUCUUCUUAUGAUGUUUUUAUUCAAAUCCUGUUUAGUAUCUAAACUGAAAGGAUCUUUCUUCACAUUCCUUGAGCUGGAUAACCGUGGUCACCCUUUAAUUUAACUGGUAUUACAAUUUUUCGUACACAUUUAAAGUUAUUACCCACACAAUGCUUCAUUCAGUAAUACAAAUAUUUUGAAUUUUUUUCUGCACUAUGGUGCUGCAUUCCAGUUUAGAUGAAACAUUUUUCUUGGACAUCAUAUGUGUUAAUCUAUGGACGAUAUUGCCAUAUGCUACAACAUUCACUAGCCAACAUGGGUUUUAAUGAAUCAUGCAUCCCCCUGUGAGUAUGUUCUGUGACCAUAAGGCAAGUUCCUGCAUAGUUUUUCUUUUCCCAUAUAACAAAAGAAAAUUUUCAUUAUCUGUUGGCAAAUGUUAAAAGGACUGUUGCAAGAUAUAGAAAAAUUUUCAGUAAUUCCUUUCCUUCACUUUCACUCACGUCAGCUUAUGAGAUGUACUAGAUAUUUCCUGUUCUCACAGCUGCUGAACCAAGUAUGUAACCCAUUCUGCAAGGUUUCUUUUUUCGAUCAGGGUCCAACUAUACAAAAAACUUCCCUUACGUUGCAAAAAACUAUUGGUGUAUGUAUUUUCAGUAGACAAAAUCUGAACUUAAAACUAAAAUGACACCUGAACCAACAUUACUUUUCACAGAAGUUAAGAAAGAAAUUGAUUUCUGCAACACAAAUUAUUAUAUAAUUUCUUUCCUCUCUCUGUCUCUCUCUCUCUCUCUCUCUCUCUCUCUCUCUCUCUCUCUCUCUCUCUCUCUCUCUCUCUCUCUCUCUCUCUCACACACACACACACACACACACACACACACACACACACACACACACACACUCACACUCUCUAUCUAUCUAUCUAUCUCCGUAUCUAUCCUUAUCUCUUAUGUGAACACACACACACACCAAGUAACUGAUUUUACCAAGGAGGCUUUCCCUUAGUAACAGCAUUGAAAAGUGAAUAUUUUCAUCCAAAAAAUUGUAAUCAGUUAAUUGUUUCUUUCUCCCUUGCUUGCUUGACUCAUUCCUUCUAGUUUCUAAUAUCAUACAGAUGUGUAUCUUUCAACUGCAGACACUCAGCAGAUUUACAAGUAUGAUACUAUAAGAAGCCUAAUACCUCUUGCACUGAAAUCAAUCAGAAAUCUAAAAAUAAGUUUACAAUCAGUUAAAAGAAUAGUUUGGCAAUUUCAGUUUUAUUUCAACCAUUGCGUUUCCAUUGGAAAAUAAUUGAAAGGGUAUGCGUUAAAACUAAAGUAAAAAUGCUAUUUCAUGCUCAUCAUGGAUGACUGGAAUGAAUGAUUAAUUUUGAAUUUAUGUCUCAUAUACAUAAUGAGAGAACUUGCAAUUUAAGGAGUCUAAUGUAUUACAGAACUCUUCCUUUUACGAGAAAUUGGCUGAUUAUCAUAAAAUAAACAGAAGUGAAGUAAUGUAAUUUCAACAGUAACUGCAACCAAAUUGAACAAAUUUACUGAUGAAAUGACAGAAAAUCACAACACAUAUGCUAUGGUCUUGAGACCUCUUUAGACUCACUGAAAAUCCUCAUCACCAAAGCUGAUUUUUUGUAUUAGAUUUAUUUUUUCUCUGUUGAAAUAAAUUUGCUAUUACUCUCACAAUUACAGCUCUAUAAAAUAGGAAAAUGCAAGUUUUAUUUGUCUAGCUGAGAAAAGGAGAUGAAUCAGUUCAUAAGAAAUUAAAUUCAUCAAAUGAAACUGCCAACAAGGUCAAAAUUGGAAGAAUAACAAGAAAGAAAUACAUUCACAUUAAAUUUGUUGUUUAGUAUGCCAUAAGUAGGUGUUACAGAACAUACGAAAUUUGAGUGUAUCAACACCCAGUUAUCAGCAACUAAUCAUAGCAAAGAACAGAAAGUUGGCAAAAGAGUUUCUAAUAACCAAUUUGCAACUUAUAUUGAAAUUCAUACGCUAGUAAUUCAAAACCUCACAAAUACUUUUUGUUCACAAUUUUCCCCACCUUCUGUUUAGCUAUUGCAUUUGAACUGUUUACAGAUACAUUUGUAAUGUAGUUCAUACUUUGUAAUUAUCUGGAAUAUUAGUACAGAAGGAGAAGUAUAAUUAAUCUGUGGGCUAGUUCACAAGUGCUGUAGUACUCUUAGUACCUUCAGAAAGUCAGUGUUCUUCAGAAAUUUGGCUACCUAUUCUCUCAACAGUCCAGAAAUAAUUUAAUUCUACUUUAUUAGCUGAAGAGGAGUAAUAGGAUUGCAUGCAUGCAAUGAAGAAUUUUUUAUAAAAGAAAGUACAAGUAUGAAAUGUUUAAGAAAAAUUGUUGCUGUUAUUUAUGGGCUCAUAACUUUACUUAUAAUUUCUCUUGGGAAAAUAGGAUAUUUUGGGAAACAUGAGUUUUAAUAUUUAGUCAAGGAAAUUGCUGAAACAAAGCGUACUAAAUAUUCUAAUACAAUACUUUGUUAGGUUAGCAAAAAAUGUAUUAGAAAAGAUCAUCAAGAAACAGAGCCUGCUUUGAAAUCUAGCACAAGAGCUAUAAAUAAUGACAAUGAAAGUAGGGAGUAGAAAGCUAGAAGAUAAUUGCACAAUUAGGAGAACUAACUUAAGUGCGGAUACAGUGUCUUAUGUAUACUGAGAACUAACAACAGACACUUAUUAUUUAUAGAAGGUAUAAGUGGUCUUGCAGAAUUAAUUUUUGAAGAUAAUUUCUUAGCUUCCAAAAAUUUUGUAACUCAAAAACAGAAAUGGCUGAUCUCCAAUUCAUUGUAGCAUAACAAUAUAUAAAAGAUUAUAUCUAAUCUCUUCAAAUGAGUUUUCAGCAUUUAUGAUAGCCUGCUAGAGUGGCAUGUUAUUUACAUUUCUCAACAAUUUAGAAAUUCCAGUGAAAGUAUGUGUCAGGUACUGGUAGUGAUUGCAUCUACCUCUUUGAGAAAGAUGCAAACUAAACACUGAAGUAACUGUGAGUAAAAAAAAAAAUUAAAGACAAUAGGAUAGUCUUAUGUGACUUUUGACUCAGAACCUAGGUAAUUCCAGUAUCAUAUUGUGUAAAAAAUAUAUAGGUAUUAAAACAAAAGCUAAAAGACUGGAACUUUACGUUUCAAGUAACAAUAGGAGGUAUUUAGUGUUUAAAAUAUUUUUUGUGUGAUAUUCAGGUAAAUUUUGAAACAUGUAAAAUAAGUAUUAUGCAGCAGACACAAGUAAACAUGUGAAAUUGACUGGAAAACUAAACUUUGAUAUGCAGCCACACCAAUAAAAAAAUCAAAAUAUUGUGUAAAAAGGAGCCAUAUACAGAACUCAUAUACUGUUUCCUAACAUGAAAAUAUUACUGAUUACUCUCUCCAUGUUUGGUGAGUGCAGUUGCUUCACAACUGUGUACUGUAUUUAUGAAUAACAGUUUCAGUUGCUAAAAUGUUCCUUAUUUGAGUCCAUGAUUUGGUCCACCUUUCAUAUCUAAAACCAUUUUCAGAUCAACUAUAAAUUGGCUUCAAUAUAAAAGACUAAACCAGUCAUGGACUAAAAUAAAGAACAUUUUAGCAACUUCAGCAGUUAUUCAGUAAUAUUACUAUUUUUUUCAUCAAAGGACUAGCAGAAUACAGAAUUCACAGGUGUGAGACUUACAGUGGUCUGAACAUAAAUGAGGAGCAGAAUGCACAAUACAACUUAGUAUAUAAAAUACAAACACUACCUGCUUUCUUGAUGUUUUUGUCUUGAUUCAAAUUGGUGCAUGAGCCAUCCUUUUGCUUCUCCCUUCUUCACCUAAAAAAUCUGUUAGUAUAUUACCUUCUCCACUUCUGGGAGAUAUAUCUUUCCUUAUCUGGGCUUCUUAAUCAUUAUUUUCUCAAAUCCCAUGUAUUUCUUCAAUGGAAAUUUUGCAAAUUAAUCAUAUCAGCUCUUCAUAUUGGUGUUUCAGGUUUUCGUUUUACAAGUUACUAUGUGUUACAUCAUUCACUUUCAAACAUAAAUAUUUACUACAUUUCAUAUUCCAUAAAACUAAAAGUGUUUCUUACAUGUACCUAACACAAGAUCAAGGAUAAAAGUUUGUUUCUGUUAAAUUCGUUUCUGAAAAGGGUAAAGCACAAUGUUCACACAUUAUGGUCUGAGUUUGAUGGAUAAGCAGCAGACAGGCUGCAUUAAUGUGAUUCUUCUCUGUUUGCUGUGAGCAUGAAAAGAUAAUGACAUCUCUGAUUUUCAACUGCAUAUAAUCCUGGAAAUUCUUUAACUUGUAGAGUAUUGACUAGGAAUGCCAAACAUGCAUUCAUUUUUGUAUUUCUCAUUUAUCAUCAAUGGUAUUGCAUCUUGUAGUCCAUCAUGGAAAUGUUAAGUAUACCAGUAGUUGCAAUUUGGACUACGGCAAGCACUGGUUCUUGACAUCCUGGCCAUAUAUCUGACUCUCUUUUAAGUCCUCAAGGGUGUUGACUCUGUCUAAAUUAAAUUUCACAGUGGAAUAUAUCCCCAUCUUCAACAAUAUGACUCAUAUAGGUCCCUAACGAAAAAAAGAAAAUUAUUUUCCUUCCCUGAUCUCUUCUAUAGACUUUAUUAUUAUUAUUAUUAUUAGUAUUAUUAUUAUUAUGACCAUUAAUUUAAUUUGGCAGAUUUUCUCUAUUCUGUGGUGUGUUACUGUCCUGCCAGAGUGUAUGGAGAACAGAUACAGAAUACUGGCUGAAAUGCCUAUUAUAAACUGAUGAGAAUUGAAUUUAAUGAUAUAAGAAUAAUGCAAAUAGUAGUUAACAGUCUAUAAUUUUACAUACAGAAUGUGGAUACAUUAAAUUAUCUGGAAAAUAAAAUAAAUGAAAUACACCAAAAACAAAUUUCUGGUGGAGAACCACAACUAAUGCCACCACUGCCUCUUUUUGUAUUAUAAAUGGAAUUCAGCUAUAAAAAUUAACAGCACAUGCAGAAAAUUUCAUUCCUGUUCAGUCAAUCCAGACUGUAAAAACUGUGAAAAUAAUGGUCUUAUGAUGAUAAUACGCAAACUUGUGUGGAUAACUAGGACAAAAAUUGAGAGCUAUAGUUUUCAUAAUAAACUAAGUUUUAACAAUGUAAGGAAAAAGUAGAUUACUACUUACAGUAAAGAUGAGACAUUAAGUUGCAGAUAGGCACACUUACUCAUUACAUUUUAGCUACAGCCUCCAUCACAAUAGGGAACACACACAUGUUCAUUCACACAAGCAAGCACACCUCAUGCACACGCACGCAACUGUCAUCUCCAGCAGCACUGCAGUCCAAGCUACAAGAGACAGCUAUCGUAUCUGUGUGAGGUGUGCUUACUUGUGUGAAUGAAUAUGUGUGUAUUUCCUUUUCUGAUGAGGGCUGUGACCAAAAACUAAAUUGUACAUGUAUUUUUGUGGUGUCUGUCUGCAACUUAAUCUAUCUUUUCCUCAUACUGUUGACAUCCCAAUCUGGAGUUUUCACUGUUUAAACUAAUAUUUAGGUACUUAUUCAGGUUUUGAGUAUAUUUUACUGUAAAGAAAUGGAAAGAGCUUGUAGAAAAGAAAUGGCAUAAAAGUUUACAGAAAGAAAACAGCAUGAGAAGUAGGAAAAGAAGAGAGUGGCAGAGUAGAUAGAAACCAUAACAGAGAGGAGAAGGCGAGAGGAAAGGGGCACUAAGGAAAGAGGGAGAGAUAAAGAGAGAGAUGGACAGACAGUUGAUAGCAUGUAAAAUGCCUUUUAUAUAAAAGCUGAAUUUUUAGUUAAAAAUCUAUUCCUUGGUAGCCUUCUUUUAAAAAUAAUGCUUAGUUAUCAGUUUUUUUUUCUUUUACUAUAAUUAAAUUUGAGUUUUAUAUUUCUUUGCUAUACUUUUUUGUAACAAUUCUGCAGUUAAAUCACUUCAAGAAAAUUCUGAUAAUUUCUAACUAGGAGAUCAGAAACAACCAUGAGAUCAGAAACUCUGUGCUGUUAUUCUGGACAGUAUACAGAGCUGUAUACUUGCAUCAAAAGUGAAGGUGGUCUUAAAAUAUGGAUACCCACCACUUAACAUGGUUAGAGUGAGCAGUUUCAGUCCAUUAGCAUCAAAAGCAACCUCCAAUUACAGAUACAUGAUUCCCAAUUAAUUCCAUGAGUUUCUGCCUAACAAUAAUCUAAUAACCCCUUAUAGAUGUUGAUGAUGUCAAGACAGGGUACAGAUCACUGUUAGUAGUGAAUUUUCCUCUUUACAUUAUAAUCUGUUUCACAGAAACUAGUACAAGAGAUAAACAUUUCCAACUGUAACCAUUAAAUAGACUUUUGUUAAGGAGUGUAGCAGCAAUUUAUUUUUGUCUCCUCUGGUUUGUGUUCUUGUAACAAAGUUAUGUCUUGUAUCUGACACAGUUUAUGUAUUGGAAGUAAGGAACAACAAUAUACAGCCUGUUUUGCAACAAUAAUAAAUGUGAGAAUGAUGGAUAAUUAGAAAAAUUCUUCAUCUUUUGGUAACUACUGUAAGUGAUUAAUAGAUACUAUUAUAGGUAAACUCCCAGAACAGUGAAAGUAGAACAGAACAUCUUUUGUGAACUUUUUACAACCUUUGCCAAAACAAAAUUAGUGGGUCAGUAAAUAAAACAACUGUCAAACCUAAUCACUGUGUUGUUCUCAUAGCUCAUAAUUGCAUUUAUGAUGUUAAUUGUAAGAAAUGUCACACUUAUAUAAUUUUAUCUAGCACAAAUUCUUCCACUGUUUUGCAUAUUCUUCAUUUAUCUUUACAUGCUAUUAUGUCAUUUAUCCUAUUACAUAAAAUAGUUUUUAGAUAGACAUGUUGUUGAAUACUGAAUUACACUAAGAUGAAACAAUGACAGAAUUUGAGGAGUUGAAGUCAGUGACAUGUUGCUUGUUUUCUCCCUUAUGAUGAUAAUUUGUGCUAGAAAUAAUAUUUUCUUUGAGCUCCAAUUGAUCCUCUUUUUUGGUCAAAGUAUCACAGAUCUGUUUUGGAUUUAAGGUUUCCUUCCACAAAAGCAAAAGAAGUUCUUCAUGUAACCAUACAUAUAUAUUUAAAAUUUGUAAAAGUAGUAAAUUACAAGAGAGAAUUGCUUGUCAGCAUUUUACCUUCAAGAGGCAAAAUAUGAAUCACUGUCGAUAGCCAUAUAUAAAAGUAAAAUUGACAUACUGCCCAGCUUUUGUAACUAAUAGUUCCUUUUUUGGGGAGGUGAGAGUGAAUGUUUGAGAAGCUUAAAAAACUGGGUGAGUUGGUGCUUCUCAUCCCUGUGCUUAAGUGCUCAGACCUUCUUUUUUAACCUUCCCCAUCUUAUACAUGUUUUCUCUCUGAAAAAUGAGUGUUAGUUCCAAAAACUAAGUUGGGUGUCACUUAGUUUUGAAUGUGAUGUUAAGUACUGGCCAAUAACUCUCUUCCUUAAUUUAUUGGGUUUCUCAAUUGAAUUGUCAGGAUGCAUCUAUACUUUGUGUGAUGUAGAGUGCAUGGUGUAGAGUGUGUGAUGUAGAGUACUAGAACUUUAUGUAUAAUUAUCAUUUACUCACCUUUCCUACACCAUGUGCGAUUGAUACAUGAAAAGAAUGACUGUCAAUAAGGUUCAAUAUCAGUUUCCUCUGCAUAAAACUCUACAUUAUGAUAAUUACAUUGUUCUGCAAUCACUUUUCCAUGUAGUAUUUAAAAGCUGUUUUUUCUGAAUUAAAACUCUGUGUUUUGAUGGCUAGAUAGUACUCACAUAAUGCUUCUAAUGCAUCAGACUUUGAACAACCAACCUGGAUUCUGCUCAUUGCAUAUCAUGAUUUGCUUUUCAUUAUAAUGUAGCUCCUUCUAAGCAGUCAAUUCAUAUUUGAACCAAUCUGCAUUUCAGUGUUUUUCUCUAGUAUAGCUGAAGGAAUAAGUCACUGCUACAACUGUCUUGAUUUUAUUUUUAGCAAGAAAAAUAAAUAAGUAAAUUAACAAUUCAUUCCCAGAGCACGUUUAUAAAUUUGGUUUCAUCAUUUUUACAGAAUACACCUUGUAAAAGAGGUUUGCCAAACAGUCACUCUAUAUACACAAUAAUAUCCUCAGUACAUUAUGAAAUAGCAUGUAAAAGUAACUUUAGAAAGCUAUAAUUUCAUUACCUCAGUCAGGUCACUGUUAUUUUCAUUUAUCAGACAAAACAAUUAAAUUACACAAAAGAAUAAAGUAAAUGCUCCCUGUUUCUGAUUAAAAACAGUGAUUUAUACUUAUUAGUCAUACGUAUCAGUCAUGUUUUACAAAGAUACAUGUUAGAAAGUAUACGUUUCAGAUUUCUGUCAUUAAAACAAUAUGAGUUUACCAGCCUCAGAAAUUGAUAGGCUCUCUGGAUUCCCAUUCUAUAAACCUUAAUAGACCACAGGUGGUAAUGGGUUCAACUAUAAAUUUAGUAACAAAACAAGUACUAGUAAAUAAAAAGGCAAUCUUUUUAAAGUUGAUUUUCAUCUAUGUUAAAAAGGCCGGAGAAGUGCAAUAUUAAUCUCUUAGGUAACUUUUGCAGUUGUUGCUACUGUGACAGGUACAUUAAAUGCUACAGUUCAGGAACUACGUGGAUCAUUACUUAUUUGCCACAAGGGCAAUGAGGUACUGUAGAAAUUCAAUAUCUGCAGCAUGUAGCCUGUCUUAGUCUGUGAUAAGAAAAAUAGAUACCUCUCUUUAUGUAAAAGACACAAUACAUUGUAAUCCAGAAUUCAGCAUUAUGUGUUACAGAAUAAAAUGAUCCAUUUUCUGCAGUCUUAUUUGCCACAAACUGUAGAAAAAUCUUUUAAAUGCGUUAUUCUAGAACAUAAUUUUGAAAAAGUGAAGCUGGUGUUAGAAAACUUUCUGUUUUUCUUUGUACUGAUGGAGAAGGUGCACUCUAUCAAAACUAUGCUCAUAUCUAGUCAUUUAUGUGUAUCUGUUGGAUUUAUUAUAGCAUAAAGCACAUUUCCUAAUAGCUUUAAGUUGUUCUAAUUUUCUUAAGUGCCACAGGUUAGAAGCUUUCAUACUCAUUGUAGCCAUACUGAUGAGUUACUGUACAACAUAAGUAGAACCUGUAUAAUUUAUUGCAUAUAUUUUCUACCUCGAAGUAUGAGAAGGUAACAUUCAUGCUGCCAUUAGUAGUACUGCCAUUCCUAUAAUGAAAAUUUAAGUAGUCAAAAUUUACAGUUAUAUUUAUGUAGAUUUCUGUAUUUAAUUUUCAUCAGUUCUUCAGAUUACCUCAAAAUCUCAAACUGUGCUGGUACACUAAUAAAGCAUUGUAAAAAAAAAAAGAAAAAAUCCUUUACAUGAAAGGGACUUGGUAGAUAUACAGAGCAUAACAUGUUAAAUGGAUUGAAGAUACCUAAUUUCUUCUCCAUGUUUGAUGUUGUUAUUGAUAAAUUUCUUAUAAAAGAAAAAAAACAAAAACUGAAGUACAGAUUAAAUUGUAUUUUGAUGUUUCAUUAAUGUAACGUAAAUAUAAUUUUCCGAACCAUAAUGCUGUUUGUGUAUUAGUGGGACUUUAUUUCUACAAGAAAUUAUAUGCUCAAAGAAGAAAGGAAACAGUGAAGAGUGAAUGUAGUAUGCUGUGUGUGAGAAUAAAUGUUGUAAUGUUAGAAAAUCCAGAAACCAUUAAAAGUGAAUUAAAUUUUCUUAAGUGUUGAAUGCCAAUGAACUGAUCCAGUGCAAUAUUUUCAAGCAAAAGAUACCAUAACCUGUAAGUGAUGUAUACAUUAUUUGUAUUUAAUAUUAAAGAAAUCAUUUUAGUUCUAUCUGUUAAUGAAAUCUUAUUUUGGAUUGCACUUCACCUUAUAUUUUAUAUUUUGCCAAAUUCAAAUGUGUAUGUACUUAUAUUGGUAUCGACUGAUCACACAGUGAGGUAGUUGCAACAUACCAG